AUGCCGUUCCGCACCAUCCCGUCGCAUCCAUCACUUCUCCAAACAACCCCCGUCCCUCCCCAUCCCCCCUCCUCCUUCCCCCUCUCUCUCCCAUUUUCCCCGUCUCCCUUCCCCGUCUUCUCCCUUCUGCCGUCCCCCCCCCGUCUUCUCCCUUCUGCCGUCCCCCCCCCGUCUUCUCCCUUCUGCCGUCCCCCCCCCUUCUUCUCCCUUCUGCCGUCCCCCCCCCUUCUUCUCCCUUCUGCCGUUCCCCGUCGCCCGUCGCGUGCAGACGCGUUCACUCUGCUGACGGGCGGGUUCACGUGGGCUCGGCCGCUGUUCACACGCCACGUGGGGCGCGGGGAGAUGGCACCCACUGUGGGCCGCCGCUCCCACCUGCAGCUCGCCCUGCUGGUGUUCAACAUGUCAGUCGCGGGGGGAGGUGGAGGGGGAGGGGAGAAGGGAGAUUGCUGGGAGGACGGGUGGUUUGAGGAUGCUUUGUGGAAGUCAGCUCCCGUCCUCUCCUUCUAUUGCCGAAGUUGGGUUUCCCCACGCUGCCUGUCUAUCUCCUUCCGCGUGGCUUUCUUGCAUCCCUACCUCUCAUCACUCCCCAUCCCAGCAGACGUCCACUCCUGCCCCCCUCCUCGGCCGCCCUUCUCCCUCUCAAUCGCAUGUCUCUUUUCCCCUUCCAACCAGCCUCCCCCCCGCGCUCUUCCCCCGUCUCCGCCUUUUCCCAUCAUCCCAUUCCCCCUCACGGCCACACAUCUACAUCCGCACGCCCUCCCAUCCCACCCUCCCUGCAGCCUCUUCUUCCUUGCAUCCGAAGGGCUCCUGAUCGCAGCGGCCGUGGAGAACUCGUUCCACAUCUCCUCUGUACCGUACUCCACCGACAUCAACACCAUCAUGUACUGCAGCACCGUCAAUGAGGCCGUCUUCAUCUCUGCAGCUGUGUUUGCUGCGUUCUCCGCCGUUCUCAUGGUUGCUUAUUACAUUCUGGCGAUCAAGGCGAGCCAGGACACGUGGCUGCGGCACUAUGAGCCCGCGCCUAUGGUGGUCGAUAUGGAGGCGUUUGGCCGGGACGCUGCGCGGACCACUGUUGCGAGUAUUCACGGGGAGAACGUGGGGGGAGGGAGGAGCGGGAGGAAGGGUGGGAGGAAGGGGGGGAAGUCGGGGAAGGGCGGGAGGAAGAAGGAGAGUGGGAGUGGAGAGGGUGGUGCGGAGGCGGCCGGUGGGGAUGGUGGUGAAGUGUCGGUGCGCCGUGUGGCGUUUGCAACACCGCCGGCGAACUGA